AUGCCGGCCAUGGUGGAGAAGGGCCCCGAGGUCUCAGGGAAGCGGAGAGGGAGGAACAACGCGGCUAGCGCGGCCGCCUCGGCCGCUGCCGCCUCGGCCGCCUCCGCUUCGGCCGCCUCCGCCGCCGCCUCCGCCUCGGCCGCCGCCGCCGCCUCCGCCUCCGCCUCGGCCGCCGCCUCGGCCGCCGCCGCCCCCAAUAAUGGGCAGAAUAAAAGUUUGGCGGCGGCGGCGCCCAAUGGUAACAGCAGCAGCAACUCCUGGGAGGAAGGCAGCUCGGGCUCGUCCAGCGACGAGGAGCACGGUGGCGGCGGCAUGCGGGUCGGACCCCAGUACCAGGCGGUGGUGCCCGACUUCGACCCCGCCAAACUAGCAAGACGCAGUCAAGAACGAGACAAUCUUGGCAUGCUGGUCUGGUCACCUAAUCAGAAUCUAUCAGAAGCAAAACUAGAUGAAUACAUUGCCAUCGCUAAAGAGAAGCAUGGGUACAACAUGGAACAGGCUCUUGGGAUGCUCUUUUGGCAUAAGCAUAAUAUUGAAAAGUCAUUGGCUGAUUUGCCCAACUUUACCCCCUUCCCAGAUGAGUGGACUGUGGAAGAUAAAGUCUUGUUUGAACAAGCCUUUAGUUUUCAUGGGAAAACUUUCCAUAGAAUCCAACAAAUGCUUCCUGAUAAAUCUAUAGCAAGUCUGGUGAAAUUUUACUACUCUUGGAAGAAGACGAGAACUAAAACCAGCGUGAUGGACCGCCACGCUCGGAAACAGAAGCGGGAGCGGGAGGAGAGUGAGGAUGAACUGGAAGAGACAAAUGGAAAUAACCCCAUUGACAUUGAGAUUGACCAAAACAAGGAAAGCAAAAAGGAGGUGCCCCCUACGGAGACAGUUCCUCAGAUCAAAAAAGAGAAACAUAGUACACAAGCUAAAAAUAGAGCAAAAAGGAAACCUCCCAAAGGAAUGUUUCUGUCCCAAGAAGACGUGGAGGCUGUUUCUGCCAACGCCACGGCUGCCACCACGGUGCUCAGGCAGCUAGACAUGGAGUUGGUCUCGAUCAAGCGGCAGAUUCAGAAUAUUAAACAGACAAACAGUGCUCUCAAAGAAAAACUUGACGGUGGAAUAGAACCAUAUCGGCUUCCAGAGGUCACUCAGAAAUGUAAUGCACGUUGGACCACAGAAGAGCAGCUUCUCGCGGUACAAGCCAUCAGGAAAUAUGGCCGAGAUUUUCAGGCAAUCUCAGAUGUGAUUGGGAACAAAUCAGUGGUACAAGUGAAAAACUUUUUUGUAAAUUAUCGACGCCGCUUCAACAUAGAUGAAGUUUUACAAGAAUGGGAGGCAGAACAUGGUAAAGAAGAGACCAAUGGGCCCAGUAGCCAGAAACCUAUCAAGUCCCCGGAUAAUUCUAUCAAGAUGCCUGAAGAGGAAGACGAGGCUGCUUCUGUUCUUGACGUCAGAUAUGCAUCUGCUUCAUGA